UCGGCCCCUCAGCUGCUCUCGACAUGGCGCUGAGGCGGCGGCCCGCGCUCGCCCUGCUGCUGCUCCUGCGGGGCUGCUUGAUAGGGGCUGUGAAUCUCAAAUCCAGCAACCGAAACCCAGUGGUACAGGAAUUUGAAAGUGUGGAACUAUCUUGUAUCAUUACGGAUUCACAGACAAAUGACCCCAGGAUUGAGUGGAAGAAAAUCCAAGAUGAACAAACCACAUAUGUGUUUUUUGACAACAAAAUUCAGGGAGACCUGGCCGGCCGUGCAGAACUGCUGGGGAAAACUUCUCUGAAGAUCUGGAACGUGACCCGGACGGACUCAGCCCUUUACCGCUGUGAGGUGGUUGCUCGGCACGACCGCAAGGAGAUUGAUGAGAUUGUCAUCGAGUUAACUGUGCAAGUGAAGCCGGUGCCCCCAGUGUGCAGGGUGCCAAGGGCUGUGCCUGUGGGCAAGGCGGCCACGCUGACCUGCCAGGAGGGCGAGGGCUACCCCCGGCCGCAUUACAGCUGGUACCGCAACGACGUGCCACUGCCCACAGAUUCCAGGGCCAACCCCCGGUUCCGAAACUCCUCUUUCCUCUUCAACCCUGACACGGGCACCCUGGUGUUCAGCGCCAUCCACAAGGAGGACUCGGGCCAGUACUACUGCAUCGCCUCCAACGAUGCGGGCUCAGCCCGCUGCGAGGAGCAGGACAUGGAAGUGUAUGACCUCAACAUCGGCGGGAUUAUUGGGGGAGUCCUGGUUGUCCUGACUGUACUGGCCCUGAUCACAGUGGGCAUCUGCUGUGCCUACAGACGUGGCUACUUCAUCAACAAUAAGCAGAACGGGGAAAGCUACAAGAACCCAGGGAAGCCGGAUGGAGUUAACUACAUCAGGACAGACGAUGAGGGCGACUUCAGACACAAGUCCUCGUUCGUGAUCUAGACGGCAGCACGGCCGCACGCACACGUGGAUACCUCCACGGGGGACCCUGCUGGGAGCAGCCCUGCGAGGGGAGCCAGACGGGGCUGGACACGCGCACGAAAGCUUUUUGUUUUGGCCAAAGUUGACCGCUACUCCUUUCUUACUUUUUAACAAGCCACACGAAUAAAAGAGUUUUCCUCAAGAUGGGCACAGU